AUGCCUUCAACACGCACUUAUCAUUCGAUCUCGCGCUCUCUCAACAAUGCGUCACUAGCCAUGCCUUCCCUCGCUAGAGCCUCUCGCAUUCCUACCCCUCAAUGUGCUUCGGUAGCCCGAAUUCCCAUCGCUACCGCCCGCAGCAUACCUCGCCCUGUCAAUUCGCUUUCGGUAGCCCGCAAAUACAUCCCUACCGUCCAGCGUGCCCGCCCAUCGACAACUGUUGCUUCCAUGGCUUCCUCUUUCGCCGCCAUGUCCAUCAGCAAGCCCGCCAAUCAGGCCAUCGCAUCACCCAGUGCGCCCAAGCCUACGUCGUCUCUUCCUAGUGUCGCCGUCCCUUGCAGCAAGCUUGCCUCUGACCGUAUCCAAGCUCGCCGACAACGGAUCGUCGCCAACCUACAGGCCUCAAGGAAGAGACCUACCGCUCCGGCAUCGAUCCCUAAAUCCUCGUCAAUGCCGUCCCGAGCAGUGCCGUCAGCCGUCACCACUCCGGCAUCGAUCCCUCAAUCCUCGUCGAUGCCGUCCCGAGCAGUGCCGCCAGCCGUCACCACUCCGGCAUCGAUCCCUCAAUCCUCGUCGAUGCCGUCUCGAGCAGUGCCGCUAGCCGUCAUCACUCCGGUAUCGAUACUCAAAUCCUCUUCGAAACCGUCUCGAGUCAUUCCAGCACCUCCGGUCAACGCCCUAGCAUCAACUCUCACAUCCUCGUGGAUGCCGUCACGCUCUCGCAAACCCCGUGGCACGAAGCCCUACUGCGAGGGUCGACCUGGGUGCCUGGACGAAGACGGCAACCGGCCUCAGGCAGACUACCAGCCACUUUUCUACUUCGGCCUCAGGUGUAAAUGCCACCCUACAGAAGGGGACAUUCCAGCCCAACACAAGAUAGGUCCCCGCCUGUGGAAGACCACACCAGCCGAAGCAGACGUUGAUCCAAAAAGACCAAGGAUCGUUCGGUUUGCGGACAAUCUUGUCCAGUCGACCAGAACGUUCCGACCUUGGUACAACAAAACUUGGCCGUCCCCUGAGCAAUCCUCGGACGAUACAACCGAAGCAGAAGACGACGCCGCCAUCAGCGCCAUGGACACUCCGCCAGCGGUAGAAGUCAACAGCAAUCUUCUACCUGGCAGCUCAGACUUCCAGAGCACCUGGCAGACGCUGAUGGACGAAGGAUUUCCUGAUGACGACGAACACUUCUCCUAG